AUUUAUUACAGCUAGUCAUAUAUUCAUUGAUGAAGCAGAUUUCCACCUUUUCAUCUUCACCAUCAAUAGGUACUUUUGCCUUCUUGUUCGGACACAGAUUGCUUGUAGGCCAUGCAUGUGUGGCUUGCUUACAGGACGGAUACGUAAUCAUUUUCGUUAGCUUCUUUUUUACACCUUUUUUGACAACACUGGCUUAGACGA